AUGCUGGCACGAAAAGCAGCAAGACGUUUACGGGGAGCGGUCGCGACGAUCGCGGUACGGCGUCGGCGCGGCCUGCAGCUGGCGGCAGCUUGCUCGGUGCUCAGCAGCUGCGUGAUGGCCGCGUGCUUCAUGUUCCGACUGUAUGCGUGCAUGCGCGAGCACAGCGCGCGGACGGGAAUCGCGCUGCGCGAGCACGGCGGGCACGUCGGCGCGGACACGGAGGGCCUCUACGCGGCCGCGGGCCCUGCCACGAUCCUGCAGGCGAAUGCCAACUUUAUGGCGCAUUCGUCCUUCCUGAAGGCUGAGAUGACAUCGCUGCUACUGCUCCAGCUGAGCCACGCAAUCCUGGCGGUGCGCACGAUCGAGUUUUUCGCUGGCCCCGCGAGCGUGCCACAGUGCUUCGUAAUGGUGGAGCUCCUGUUGGUGUUCGGACUUAUGGCGCUGUGGGUUUCUCUUUAUAUGCAGUUCGCGUGCCUGGUCCUACACGGCGACUCUACCUGGAGGGCGUACGCCAUCCUCGAGAGUGCGACGCACCUGGCGCUAUCUCUUUUCCGCUGCAUGGACCGCUGGCCACUGCUGAAAAUAGAGUACAUGCUGGUCCUGUUGAUGUUCGGGACGCCUGUUGUGCUCACCUGUCUCACAUGUGUGGCGCUGCUCGUCCGAUGCGGCGAAAGCAGCAACGCGCCCGCGCCACGUGCGUGCGCCGCGCGAUGA